GUCACAACCCAAAGCAUGGCACAACUUCACCAUUGGUGUAAAGGGGAAGGCAUCAACCCUGAAAAUGCCUUGUUGGUGAAAGACAUUCCUGACGACACCGAAGUCAGCUUCAUUGAAGAAACCCUUGAGUCUGUAAAAACACUUGGACGAGUCAGAGUGCGAGGCAGGAUGUAUGAUCCCCAGCUUGAGAGUUUAACAGUCCUGUGUGAAUGUCGUGAAAAAGUGAAUGUCAAGAGACUACCACUAGAUGUGCUGCCUUCAGGCACUGAUAGGCCUUGGAGAUUGGUUGGAGCCUCAGCUGAGUGCACAACUGAGCGAGACAAACCAGAUGGGAACCCUGUUUUGAGCCAAGCAGAACUAACGCAGACAUGUACACCUGAUGCCAUCAUUCGAGCAGUUGGAGAAUUGAUGGACAAGCAAGGCAGAUUCUCAGGUGAGAGCAGUGCAUAUAGGAGAUUACGUAUGUUCUCUGGAGUCACGCCUACUCCACUUGGUGAAGAGCAGCUAGACAGCUGGUUAGAGCAAGCCCGUCUUAUGGUUGACACCUGUGAAAGACCAGAUAAAGAGAAACGAAUGCGAAUUUUGGAGAGCCUGAAAGGUCCAGCAUCUGAAAUUGCGCAGGCUGUGUCCGGUCACGGUCAGAUUGGAAAAAUGCCACGCAAAAUUGAAGAAAUCAAAGAUUUCCUCCUGACAGCCAGGCGGAAGGAUGCUAAGUCCGUCAAGAUCAAGAAGAACAAGGACAAUGUGAAGUUCAAGGUGCGCUGCAGCAGAUUCCUGUACACACUGGUCAUCACAGACAAGGAGAAGGCAGAGAAGCUCAAACAGUCCCUGCCACCAGGUCUGGCUGUUAAGGAGCUGAAGUAAAUGUCUUGCUUGUACAAAAUAUUGUAAUAAAAACUGGGAAAACCAA